AUGCCUUCAUUUCCUGAGAAUCCGCUAGUCCGGACCAGAGAAGGUUGCCUCCAGCUAAGCUAUCGGCUCCCACACCGUGUCAAUGCCGCUAAAGGCUACCCUCUUCGUGCUCCGAACGGUUCUUCAAUCAUUAUCUAUGGUAGUGAUAAGGGAUUGAAGGUUGUAUGGAGGGGAGGACGUCAGUUUUCUGAACUUAAGUCACCUGAGAUCUCACGACAAGAUAAAAACGCUAGUGACAAUGGAGGUGAUACUGUGAUGAUCAUUGACUCGGACGAUGAGGCUGAGGCUGAAGCGCCGCCUUCUCAGGAAUUGCCUCGCUAUGAAUUCUCCUCACAGGAAAGUGAGGUUGAUCCUUCAUUUCCCUUUGAACCGAUCCUCCGACAAAUCGAUAUUCAUCUAGGAAGCGAAAUUCUCGAUCUAGCCAUCCCUCGCGUCCUUUCCGAGGAGUCACGCUCGCCCCUUGACCCAUUUCCCCCCAUUCUGAAGACUACCAUUAUCGUGGCCGCGGUAUGCGCUGAUCUCUCGACCCGAAUCCUGACUCUCCCGCUGUGUCCUCCUCAUCCUAAACAAAUUGAUCCUAAGAGUUGGGAAACCCAAUGUUUUUCUAUCAACGGCGUAAGCCACCAAGAUGUCCCUCGUGGUGUUUCUCUCACUUUUACUUGCCAAGAGAUUGAAGAGGACCAAGGUCACAAUUCUCGGGAUCGACCCGGAAAAUGGGACGUUUUUGUGGCCACCCAUUCUGCUGAAGGGUCCGGUGUUCUUUUGCUUCAUCGCAUUCCUAUCCGUGAGGAGUCAUCUGGCUCAUAUCGUUUGCUUGCGGAGGAAACAUCAUCUCAGCGGCGACUCUUGCCCUCUCCAGCUCAGCGAAUUGCCUUCAACCCCUCAGCUUACCCAUCCACUCGCCACUCUAACUUAUUGGUCGCAUUCCAUAGCGGAUGUGUCAAGAUUUACUCCUGCUUCUCCUUCAAGAAGCCUGCGAAGGUGACAGCGCGCCGCUCGUCGAAUGCAAAUGAAGAAUAUCAGACUUUGGACACCGAGGGCCGAUGGCUUAUCAGUCUGUAUCCCGGUUUUGAACCAGGGUCUACUGGUUUUCCGCGUCGAAAGACCAUCAUUGAUGCUGACUGGGUCCUGGGUGGCCAAUCGAUCAUGGUUCUUCUCAUGGAUGGUGAAUGGGGUGUCUGGGAUAUUGAAGGCACUGGUCCUGGCGCAAUCAAGGGCCCUCUGCACCGCCAGGCAAAUGUUCAAGGUGUGAGUGGCGGCUCACUUACUGCAUACGCUGUCAGCGGUCGUAUUGCGACCCAACCAUCCAACACACAAUCAGAAACUGAGCAACGACCGCGUUUCGCACCGAUGACUCCAUCUACAAAACGUGUCCGUGAAGACACUCUCCUCAAGGGAUCUCUGAGAGCAGCUAGUCCGUCACUCCGAGGGCAGAUCUCCGUAUUCCAGACGAACUCGUCACAGGAAGCACUUCCUGAUGAGUCCAUUCUAUUGCGCCACGGUCUCCAGAGUGCAGUGAUUCCCAGUUUGCUUUCUCUAUGGCGCAACGCUGUUCGAUCCACAGGUACUCUUGAUGCCUCCAAUCGAUGCAGAGUUACUCCUUUCCAAGAUGUCAACAUGAUGGGGGAGAAUUUCCAGGCGAUAAGCCACCUCCCCGCGCCAGUGCGCCGCUCACGAGCUAAUGAUCGUCCUCUCUUUGACGUUCUUGUUGCUGCUGAGCAUCAGAUUAUGAUUAUUGCACCCCGUCUAACAGAGUCCCAGGAACUUCCAAAGGCACAGGCCAAAAAAGAAAAUACAGCUGAGGACGAUCAGAAGAAACUGCGCCAGGGCGAAUUAGAUGUCGAAGGAAUGGGCCGAUUGCUAAAUGGUAUGGCGAGUGGGACUGGAUCGGUACGCAUCGCGACUAGUCCAGUGAAACGAGCCCGCAUCUUCGCUUGA